CAGUAACAUGAAAGUCUUUGUUAUUUACCGAGUCAGGGGUGCGUCGUUUUAAGUCCAUUUAAUUUAUAUACUAAAUUAGAAUUACUACAAAUGGUUGUAAGGUUGUCACGCUCUUCAAAUUCGUUAUCUGAACUGUCAUCUUUUGAUAAACAUUCAAUAAACUUCAAGAUUGAAUCCUGUUUGAGAUUGAAUCCUGUUUUUUAUUCAAACAAAUAGGUAUGCGAUAAUAACUUUAUAGAUCAUUAUUCGAAUAUACGUUGUCAUACGAUAAAAAAAGAAAACAAUGAAGAAAAGUUAUUUUAUUUUUUUUAUUCUUCUACUUGGUGUAUUUGCUGACCGUCGCACUGAAGUUAAGCUGCUUGAUCAUUUAUUCCGUAACUAUCAUCCAGAUGCAUUACCUACUUUACCUGGAAAAGGUGUCAACUUAACAUUUGAUAUUGCUUUAAGACAGUUGAUCCGAAUGGAUGAAAGUAUUGAAAUAAUUGUAGUAAACACAUGGAUACGACAAUUCUGGCAGGAUCCAUUUUUGACGUGGAAUGCAAGUGAAUGGGAAGGCAUAAAUAGUGUAACAGUUUCUCCAAAUAAAAUAUGGAAGCCAGAUAUCACUGUAUAUAACAAUGCAGAACAGGAUUUCCAAGGUUUAGAUUAUUAUGGAAAGACUAAAGUUAUUGUUUAUAGUGAUGGAAAUAUAGUGUGGUUGAUACCAACUUUAUUACGGACUACCUGUAAACUUGAUAUGAGUUACUUUCCGUUUGACGAACAAGUUUGUCCUUUAAUAUUUGGCUCAUGGGCAUAUGAUCAAGUUGCUAUUGAUCUCUACCAUAAAAAUCCAACAGGCGACUUAUCAAUCCUUGCUAAAAGUAGCGAGUUCAUCAUCAGUGGAUUUGAAGCUGUUAGAGUAUCUGAGCUUUUUAAAUGUUGUCCAAAUCCUUACGUCAGUUUGACUUAUAAGUUGCAUUUUCAGCGUAGAGCAAAAUUUUAUUUGUUUAAAAUUAUUCUUCCAGGAGUUUUAAUCGCUCUACUUUCAUGUUUCUCUUUUAUACUUCCUCCUCUCUCUGGUGAUAGAGUUGGUUUAGUUAUUACAAAUUUUCUUUCAUUAUCAUUUUAUGUGCUCAUUGUUUCUGAUUUUGUACCUCCAAGUUCUGAUACAUUACCUCUACUUGUUAAAUUUUAUACGCUUUUAAUGAACGAGAUCGGUCUUGCUUUAAUGACAAAUUGCGUUAUCAUUUGUCUAAAUUCAAAGAAUGUACCCGUGCCAAAUUGGGUUCGCCUUGUUUUUUUGAACAAUCAUUUUAAUAACUUUUUUUAUUUUUUGAGACGUAAAUUAUUAUCAAAGUGUAUCAUUUAUGAAUUUAAUGACGAUAUUUCUCUGAGGUUACUAGAUACAAGUUUAAAUAAAAACGAAAGCUUUUCACAAAACGAAAGUUAUGCGAAAAAACAAAACGUGCCAUCAAACAACACUCUUGAAACAAACCCUGAUCUUAUGCUCCGUAGUAAAUGUUCAGAAAUAAUUAGUUCGGAGUUAAUAAAUCUCUAUGAUUCUUUAUUGAAACUUGAAAGAAAUAAUGAUUUAAAAUAUCUAAAGACUAUUAGCGAUUAUGUGAACACCAAAACCCGACAGCAAAGUAUUACAGCAGAUUGGGAAGACGUUGUUCGCUCAAUCGAUAAAAUAUUUUUUAUAAUAUUUGUGUUAUUGAUCGUUGGUAGUGUAGCUUUUAUCUUCGCGUUUCCACCAAAGACAAACUUUUAAAAUAGUGAAAUUAUUUUUAGAAUAUCAAUAGUUAUUGAUUGAA